UCAGUCUGCGCCUCGGUGUUUGUCGAUGUAAAGUUUUUUUCUUGAGUUUCUAAUUGCAGGCGAAAGAAAAUUAAAGGCUCGACGGCUGAGAGGGAGAAACCAAUGAAUUCACGGAGGCUGUUAGAAUCAGGAUGAGAUUUGCAGUAGGUGCUAAUCUCUGGAAUUCUGUCCUUUGGUGGUGCUUGAAGCUGCAUCAUUGUGAAAGAUGCCAAAGCUGGAAAACGCAACGUUUUUGCGCUUUGAGCACUCAAUGUUCUCAUUCACUUUCACAGGCUCCCGUCAGCAAGUGGUUUGAGGAGAGCUCCAGAAUAUCUUUGUUCUCCCAUUGACUUUGCUUGGUAAUAUUUAUAGGCAAAAGUAAUACUCCAGAGUACAAUAUGAAACCUGCUUAUGAGCGAAAUCAGGAAUGCCUGCCACCAAAGAAACGAGAACUUCUACAGAAUAGCACUGGAGGUGAGGAGGUCUUAAAAAAUAAUACUUUGCCAACCAAUAUUACUACUGUGAGUGAUGCUGAUUGGUCGAGAAGUGCUGCUGAAGAGAAUCAAACAACACUGAGAUGUGGAGUCAGAGCUGAUAAUGGUGAAAGCUCACCUGGAGUUGCAGUGGAUCAGUAUAGUAUGAUGUACAAAUUGGCUGUACCUUCUGCAAGCAAUUCAUUAAAUGCUCAGAAUUCAUUGGUGAACAUGGGGCAUCUGUCACCAGGUUACAGCAUUGCAUCUCCGCUUCUUCAACACCAUGGGGUUCCAUAUAUGCCUGUUCAUUACACCCAGCUACCCCAUGCUUCACUGCAAUUUGUAGGAGCUCCAUACACAAUACCAUAUGUGUCUCAUGGGAUUCUGCCAAAUCCUCUAAUUUCUUCUACCAUGGGCAUUCCCACCUCUCAUUUUUCUCAUCUUGUCUCGUAUCCUUCCGUGAUGGCUGAGGCUGUUACUCCUCCUCCACAGACAACUUCUCCUAUAGAAACAUACAGUAAAACCACUGGUUCUCCUAUACAAAGUUUGACUCCACAAGGACCACUGGCUCACCUAUCUGCAACAGAACCAUCGCAAGGUAUGGCUCAUGGUAGGGUUCAUUUUCAACCCUCGAUGUUAACGCCAUCAUAUGCCUCAUUUACUACAGCAGUACCGAAUCUAGAUAUCUCCCAUAACAAUAGAUUUAGCUUUCAGAUGGCAAAAGACAAAGAAAUUGCUGAAGCUAUAUUGGAAGUCUCAACAAACCGAAUUGAAGGAGCUUCAAACCAUCAAAAUUUUGAGAAACGGCCACGACAAGAAAGAUUUAUAGAACUUCAGGCACCCCAUAAUGUUGGCAGAAAAGAACCGCAGUUAUCUUCUUCACCCAUUGAAAAAGCUAGAGGCAGUCCCCAUUUUCCUUCUCAUAGGGAACCAAGGAAUGAGGUUACCUCUCCAGCACAAAGGAGUACACCGGACACAGACCUAGAAGUCCAGCAAGUAGUUGGGAGUUUGAGUGCUCAAGGAACUGAGGGUCCUGUAGUUGUUAGAAAAGAAGUCUUAAGUACUAUGAAAGUUUCUCAGAAUUCAGUCAAAAAUCAAGAGCAAUUAAGACACCAUUUGCAAGUCAUUCCAGGUAAGAACUUUGCAGAGUUUUGUUCUAGUGAAGAAUUACCACAAUCUCCAUAUCUGCCUGCUCAACAGCAUGUUACCCCAGGACUCAAAAGGCAAAUGCUGGAUGACCAAUGUGGGCAUUUGCAUAAAACAAUGGUAUUAGCCAAUGGGCAGCCAAUAUUAAUGCCUGUUGAUGCCCCUGCUCUUGGGAAUUCCUUGGUUAAUACAGCUGCUGUAACUACAGAACCCGUAAUUCAAAGGGCUCUUGAUACACAAACAAGUGUUUGUACAGUGGUUCCACUUCCAGCUUCACAGCCCUCUGUACCAGUUCUUCAGCCUGUCCUUGUCCAGCAGUCCCCAGCUGCUCCUAUUCCUUCACACUUUAUGAAAGGUGCCAUCAUCCAGUUAGCGAAUGGGGAGCUGAAACGUGUAGAAGACUUACAAGCACAGGACUUUGUGCGUAGUGCAGAAAUUAGUACUGGGUUAAAAAUUGACUCCAGCACACUGAUGGAUAUUGAGGAGAGCCAACGGGCCGGCUAUGUCACCCUCCAUUUCUCUGUAGGAGAACCUAAAUCAAAGGUGAGUGUAGAGGUCCCUCAAGAGCACCCAUUCUUUGUAUUUGGCCAGGGUUGGUCCUCUUGUAGCCCAGAACGCACUGCACACCUCUUUGGACUUUCAUGUCAAAGGCUUACUGUGGGUAAUACCUGUAUAUCACUCAGCGCACAAACUUCUAGCAGGAGCUCUACCCAGCCAACAUCUUCAAUCAAUACCAUUUCAGCUCUUGAGUCAAGGACCAUGGCAACAUCAGAGGUUGUCUUAGCUCCUCCAGAGAUUUCAGUCCACAUAAGUAGAAACUCUGAGAUUAGAAAUUAUUCUAAAGACUCUGUCAUGCAGCAUUUGCACACGGAUUCUGAAAGCACCGGUGUUCCCAGCCACCCAGAUUACCAGUGUCGCUGGUCUCCUCCGGUUUUCCAAAGAGGGAGUAUUCAGUCAGAGGAUGCAAAAAUGUCCACCCGACCAUCCUUCAUAUCACAGGAAGUCAAACUUUCAAUAGAAGGACGAUCAAAUGCCGGAAAGUAACUUGAGAAAUGUAAAUUAAGGCAGUUUCACACCACCUAAGACAGUGUUUGACCAGUUACAUUAAUGUAUUGAAAUGUACUUAUGAAAAUUUAUGCAAAUAAUUUGCAAAAUAGAAGAGCUUGGAUUCACCUUUGAAGCAUUAGUAGCAAGGGAGUGUGUGACAAGAUGAUUUUUUCUUUAAUAAUGAGGAUGCUCUUAGCAGCUCAUAUUUUUGAAGUGCAGUAGAGCUUAUCUAAUGCUGCACACCUUUUACAACAUAAAGAUACCUAGUAAAUUCUAAAUGAUGCUUCAUGCCUUGCAUGUUUUUUUCUACAUUUGGUGAUCCUCUAUGAAAGGAUGAGAAAUUAAACUCUUAAAGUACUUGCAGCAAAAAUUAAUUUUCAUUUCCCCAUUUGAAAAGCUUUAGUUUUACUUCAUUCACAACAAAGCAAAUUUUAUAUUACAUUAAAUAUAAUGAUAUGAUGAAAAAUAAUCACUUAAAAUUAUCGAAUGUUAUUUUCAAGAUGAUUACUUAUUUAUGUACAAGUAUUUGGGAAAACAGUAAUAGUCACAGAAACCAGGGAAUAAUGAAAAGUGAAGCUGGUUAGCAAAAUUCAGGUGGAAAGAGAUGAAUGCCAUACUUUCACUUACAGGGUACAUGAAAUCUGACCUUGUAUUAAUUGGUCAUCUUAGUUUCAGAGGUUUGCUUCAAUACAUUUUGCUUAUCCAGAUACAGUGCAUGUUAUUAAGUAUGAAUUCUUGGUUUAAGAUCCCUAAAGGGGCCAUCACUAUUCUUUGUAGUGAGGUGUGCCCUGGUUCUUUAACUGAGUAAACACAAGGUUUGUUGCGCCUGGUUCAAUUUUCGUUAAAGUCAAAUUUUAAUUUUCAUAAAAUAGGUAGUUGACCUGUGUAACUGUGUAACCUGUUUUUAACACUCAUGGUCAAAUCAUGUAUUGAUUUUCUUUUUCUUAAAUCUAAGCUAUCUAAAGUAAUUUAAAUGGUAAUGAUACCUAAAAAUACAAUCAAUGAGAUAGGAGAUGUUAAGAGCAUUAUUUUGCAUCUUUUUAAGAGAAUCAAACUAUUGAGUACCAAUGUUAUAAGGUGCCUGUGAGUUUUUGUACUAAAUUAGUCUGAACUACAGCCUAAGUUUAUAUGUGAGCAACUGGAGUACCAAAGGCUGAAUAAUUCUGCUGUGUGUUGUUACUGAUAUUUAGGGCUAUUUUUUAAUAGGUUUGGCUGUUGAGACUUCAUCUUAUGAUGUCCUAAAAUAACCAACAUUUCAAAUCUGUACACAAGUUGAACUUGCAUUUAUAAUUGGAAUUUGACUUCCAUUUAAACAGAAAUUUUGAACAUUAGUGAAAGAGUAAGCAGAAGUGAAAUAUAAUAGUAUGCACAAAGGUGAAGGCUCUUUGUUCCAUGGGUGGCAGGUUCUAGUGAAAUAUGCAAAAUAUAUAACUAAUAUGAUCCUUCCCACUAAUCAACUCUGUGGUUAAAGACUGAUUAAGUUGUGCUGUACUGUACUCAUGAUCUACUACUUCCCUUGUUGAAUGAUGCCCAAGUUCUAUGCAUGCAUUUGUUUUAGAAAAGUAUUUAAUUUUGGAUUUUUUUGAGUGCCUAGUUGUGGUUCAUGAUUUAUUUAAGAAAAAAAAAUCAUGGUAUUUGAAAAAGGUUAGCUGAAUCAAUUGGCUUAAAUUCAGUUGUAGUGAGGAUAAACUUCACUGUUGUAUUGUUUUUGCCUCUGCUGUUUCUAGGUUGCUGCCAUUGGAAAAAAACAAAAUAGGAAGUUGCAAUUAGGUGAACUGUAAUUUUAAAUUUGAAAUGGUAUUGAGGAAAAAGAAGAAAUGUGACCGAGGGAUUUGGAGAAUAGUUGGUGCACUACUAUGAAAAUUAGUUUAUCCUGUUGCUGAUUGAGAAUCCCAGAACAUAAAACUAAUUAUUAAACGUUUAUGAAGGUGAUAUGAAAAAAUAUUUGGUAGAAUUAGUGCUGAAAUGACUUAUUUACUGUAGUUUUCCUAUAUUUUAUUUUGUCACCUAGCACUUUUUAUAUAAUUAACAGUGCUGAUGCCUUGAGCAUCAUUCCAUACCAGCUUAUUAACUGAACUGCCCAAUGUAAUAUCUGAUGUUGCUGUGCAUACUGAUGAUCUUUUCACAUGACAUUAGCUUGUGUUUAUGCACUUUGAGUUUAAAUUUAAAAUGUAAUCUUCCAUGACCUUAAACUAACAUCAGUUUAGCUGAAACUUUCUCAUAAAAACUAGGUUUUCAUAGUUCAGUAUGCAUUUAAUAACAAAUUUUAAAUAUAUUGAGAAACCUAUGCACAAUAUUUUUCAUGUUCAUCUGUUUAUUUUACUUGUGAAGCUAUUGUAUUUGAUCAGUGGUGUCAGGAACAGAGUGCAUUCAAUAACUGGGGAUUGGACUUAUGCAUGUAGCUAUGAAAAAUCAUUAAUAUUUGCACAACAUAUUGGACAUUCAAGAGCUGGCUUUUGCAUUUUAAAUUAACUACCACAUCUCCAGUAACCUUGAUGGUGCCCAGCCUUAUUUCACCUCCCAAAUUCCCAAUUUAAAAUGCAACAUAAUCUGAACCAUGAGUGUUUUAGCACACACUUAUUCAAAUGUAUUUACAUAUGUGAGUGGCUGCAGUAUCUUUUUGCAGCAGAGGAAUUUUUCAAUCCGAAAUGUGGCAAAUUUAGUAGCAAACCAGUAAUUGAGUCUAAUUAUGCUCAUGGGAGAAUGAAAGCUCUUUGUCAACUGUAACAGACUUGGAAUCACUUUUGUGAACAUUUUAAUUUUAGUGUUGUCACUGGAAGUAAAUGACUGCCUGGAUUAUGCAGUAUUUAUAUCUCUGACUGCAUUUCUAAUUUAUAUAGGAAUUGCAUGUGCUCAAAACUGACAUGGGAGGAUGCAAAAGGGAAAUAUAAAAGUUUAAGAAUUAUACCAAAGUGAAAGAUUUAAGCAGUUUGAUAUUGUCUAGUAAAUUUCAAAAUUAUACUUGUUUAAAACAACCACUGGGUGUGAAAGUAAAACAAAACUGCUGUAACCAAAUCUCACAUAAAAAUCCCCUUAUGUCUCCAUUAGAAACUACAUCUUUUCUGUUGUUUGGCUGCAACAAAAACAACUUAAUGUUUUAGAAUCUAUCGGCCCUUACUGAUAUGCAGUAUUAAUUCUGACUGCAUUUUUUGUCAGACAUUUUACAGAAUAAACUUCUAUUUCAACUUUGCAAUAUCUUCAUUUGAUUUAACAGUUUUUCCAGAAUUGAUUUCUUGAUUGGUGACUUGAUUUUUACUAAUCAUUUGGGCCUGAACUAAUAAGUGAAUUCUAAACAGGACAUAAGGGUAUUUUAAUUUGUUUUGCAACUUGUUGCUUGGAAUGAUGCAUUUUCAUUUUGCAGAUUAUUUACAUUGAGAUGUACAGAAAGUUCUUUAAUGGUAGAACAUUUUAUCAAAUUAUCAAAAGUGCAAAUUGAAACAAUUGGUAAAUUUUACCUCCUUAAUUAUGUUCUGUUGGUUGUAUAUUAAUGUUUGACAAAUGUUAGUUUUAUAUGUUUGUGCUAUAGGAAAUUUUUAAUGCAUGGAAGUUUCAGCCUAUUUGAUAAAGGAGAUAAUCCUAUUUAACCUCUUAUGUAGGGAAUUGUGUUACAAUCUUCUGUUGGUAUGUUUGUCAGGAUGGUCAGCACUUACAUUUGAAGUCGACAGUAUCCCUUUUGAUGAGAUAACCUUGCUGAAUUUGAAAAUCACCCAUACAAAACUUUGUAGUGUUUAAUAAUAUUUGCAGUAAAUUUGUAUACCUUAAAAUAUUCAAAAAUGUGUACAAUAGUUUACAACAUAAAUUUUUAUUCCAAGUAUUAAGUGCAACUUAAAAACAUUAUUUACAUUAAUCACCUAAUGGAUCAUACAGAAAAUUCAUUACAUUUAUUCCCUAUGGCAAAACUGGUCAUCUGUUUCCCAGUAUAAAGAUAACACUAAACAAUUUUUGGUUUAAGAUUCUCAGAAGGGAUGCUGACAGGAUUUAUUUGUUUUUUUUUACUUAUCUGUGCAGGUCAACAGAAGAAAAAUUAUGUAAAUCAAAGUAAAUUAGCUUAAAAUAUAUUGAGCAUCUUGUUAGUCAAUAUAUACACAAGUGCAGUGGAGUUAUGUUAUUGUAAAUCAUUUAUGUCUCUCUGGAAUAUGAUUGGCUGAGACAACCUAUACACGCAGACAAUGUAACAUAUCAUGAAGUGAGGAGGAAGGAAGGAAUAUUUUUUUAAUUCAAAAGUUAGGUUUUGCAGUUGACCAAUAGCCUUAGUAUUCAUUCCUCAAAAGAUGAGAUGUGUGUUUAUUAUUCACUGCUAGCUUUACAAAAACUGAAUUUCAUUUGCAUUUUCCAAAAUUUGCACAUUUUCUAUACUACAAUGUCUACAGAAGUUAAGUGCAACAUUUAAACUGUAGGGAUUGAAAUUAUAUUCAAACUAUUACUGAAACUAUUAAAGCCCCAAUGAAGUAAAAGAAUUGAAAUAAAAGUUGAAAAAUCUGGAGAUAUUUACCAGGUCAUACAGCUUUUGUGGAAAGAGAAACAAUUUUAAAAGGAAAAUAUUGAAGAUGGUGAAAAUCUUAAAUAAAACAGGAAAUGCAAGGAGGCCAGGCACCCAAUGAAAUGUCAUCAGCCAGCAGUGUUUCGCCAUUCACUGAUGUAGUCUGACUGCUAAAAUUUUCCAUUAUUUUUGGUUUCCCUUAAUAUUUCAGGCUAGUGAUCGUUGCUCAGAAUAUUAAUAUUCCACAGAUGCUGCCUGACCUACUGAAUCAUUUCAAUUUUUUUGAUAUUUCAGCUAUACAUCAUCUGCUAUAGUUUUCUUUGUCAUUGUUACAUCCCAUAUAUAAUGCAUUGCAAGAAUGCAUUCAAACAAAAGAUUUCAGGAUGCUUUAUUACUGUUGAGAUAAAAUGUAAAAACAUCAGUAGAUAUGUGUUUAUGACAAAAAUGAGCAAAGGUUUUAUUUUAAAUGAAACUAUGACAGCCAUAGUUUAAAAAUAAAACCUUUGCUCAUUUUUGUCAUAUGCACAUAUACACUGAUGUCCUUGGUAAUAUCACAAAUGUACAAAUGGUAAUGCAUUUCAAUUCAAAUUUUGCAAUAUAGAAUUUGCUUCAGCUUUAUCAAUUUGUUCAUGGAUGUUGUAUACAUUUGGUGAAUUAAGUGCUCUUUCCUAGUAGGAUUUGAUCAAUACCUAUAACAAUAUUAUGACAUUUCAAGUGACCUUGCACACAGUAAUAUGUAUACUAAGGAGACAUUCCUUGCAUUAUUUGUGUUUUUGUGUGUUAUGGGAGAUGUUAUAAUUUAACUUACAAUGCACGAUGAGGAGAUGCACAAAUGUUGAAAUCUAGUGUAAAUUUUAAUUGUUUCGCACAGAUAUUUCAUGAACAUUUAAGUUGCUAAUGUUAUUGUAGAAGAUUUGGAAGUUUUAACCCAGUUCCAAUGCCUAACAAUACUUUUUUCCCUUUUAGCUUAUCCAAAACCAAUUAAAUAAUUUAUCGUGCAUUCUGUUUAGAAAGCAAAAUUUGGUUUGUGAUUUUCUAAAGUCAUUUUGCAGCAUUUUUAUCUGUAGAAAUGGCCAGAUUGAAAGUUCUGCAAACGCUAAUAUAGCUUCAAUAUCAGGCUUAGAAUAUUGCUCUAGCUCCAUAGGUAUUGGUCAUAUCUCAAUGUUAGAAUCACUGCAUUCCUAACAGCAUCCUUGAAAGCAUUAAUCUAUAUUUUGUUGUGUUUUGUAACCAUUUUUCUAGAAAAAAGACUAAAACUUUUAGAUUGUAUAUUUGUAUUUUUGUGACCUUUUAUGCUGUUUACUGUUAAUUUUGUGUACUGCAAGAGAAAAUGUAUUUUUAUGUCAAGUCUAACCUCUGUAUUGCAUUAAUUUCUUGGUAUGUAAACACUGCAUAAUAUAAACUCUACAUUUUA